AGAAUCAGUCCCAAACACUGAAUACACCCACAUCUACGGCCUGAUUGCCACGACGCUGGUCAUUUUUGUCAGUCUCCUCACCCUCCUAAUCUGCUUCGGCUGCUACCUGUGCCUCCGCAUACGCUCAGCACGGGCAGGCCUCCUGUUGCAGGAGGAGGCGGUGGCCCCACAGUCCCCCACG